AUGCAAUAUUACACUUUUCUUUUCUUCCUUUUUCAUUUUAUUAUACAAUCAGAUUGUGUUUCUGCAUCUUUAUGAUUUUCUGUACAUGUAGAAAUUAUUAAAGCACAAAGUGAAAAAAAGAAAGAAAUUACAGAAACAUGUUGGGUAAAUAAAUAACAAACAGCUAAUUUAGAGAUAAUUAUUUAUGGAAAGUAUUUUUUAAUGGAAUGAAACUUCAUGUUUUAUUCCAUUUUUACUGCUGAUAGAAAAAUAACAUUUAUUUGAAAAGUUGUUGUUGUUGUUCCUCGGAGUCACCAGCAGGUGGCAGCAGCGCCUCCUCUCAGCUGUCAGGAAGUCUGGACCAGACUCGGCUGUUUCUCCCAGUAAACCGGUUCGUCUCCCAGUUUUCUUCCAGUUAACGGAGUCGAAAGGCGGCUUGAAGCGGGGACAGCUCGCCGGGAUGGAAGAGCAUCAGAACGGCAGCGAGGCCUCGGGGACAAACGGAGCUGAAGACCGAGCAACUGAUUUACGACAGCCGCCUGGUUUCUGCCGUCAACGUGGCUCUGAGAGACAACGACCUGCUGCCUGAGGCAACAUGUUGACCCGCUGCCUGAGGCAACAUGUUGACCCGCUGCCUGAGGCAACAUGUUGACCCGCUGCCUGAGGCAACAUGUUGACCCGCUGCCUGAGGCAACAUGUUGACCCGCUGCCUGAGGCAACAUGUUGACCCGCUGCCUGAGGCAACAUGUUGACCCGCUGCCUGAGGCAACAUGUUGACCCGCUGCCUUCCCACGAUGAUCACACUUUUAAGGUUUCACUGAGGAUCUGGACAAUUUGCCACUGUGUUUUACUCUUAUAAUGAAUUUAUUUAAUUAGGUUCAAAUCAGUUAACAAAUUGCAUCAAUGUAAAGGAAUAGUUAUAAAAAAGAGCAACAUGUUUACAUUUUAUUUUAUUUUCUCAAAGCAAUGCAUAAAGCACAUUAUGUUCAGUUUACAGUAUAUUUACUUUUCUAACUCUUGUAUUUUUCUUGUGAAAAUGUCAAAAGCUCUGGAACAUCUGAUAACUUAUUUUUAAACUUCUGUUUUUCUCAGCUGAUUGUUUGUAAAGAUUUGAUUUUUAAAGUAAAGAAUGUGAAUAAAAGCUAAAUUAUUAAAUCUGGGCAUUCAGAGUAAAAACACAACUCAACACUGGAAAAGAUUCAACCAAUCCGGUUUGUUUCCGUUUCUGUUCAGUGCAGAGUAAACCGGUUCCUUCCAGUUUAAUCCGAAAAUAAAAACAUUCAGGACUUUAAUAAAAGUUUCCCAAAGUCACACAGAAACUUACAUCUUUGUUUCCAUUUUGAUGUUAUAUUUAGAAAACAAAUUAUUCAAAUUUGUUAGAUGUGAUUUUUUUAUUUCUCUCCAUAUUGAUCACAAACUAAAACUCAACAUUAAUCAGCCGUCACUGAAACCCAACGUUUCUGAACAACAUUUGAGAAAAAUUUGCAGUAAUAGCAGAAAAAUGUGGGCAGUUUUUGAUUUUGUGUGAAACACUGGAGAGAUUUAUUUAUUGGAGGCCAAAACGGCACCUAAAAAACUCCAGGGGUCCAGAUUUGGCCCCUGGGCCUUUAGUUUGACACACGUUAUCAAUAAUACUUUUGAUCAAUAUUCAAGGAUUGUUGAAUUGAAACAAGUCCCUAUAUCUUGCUGAAAAAUUACUUGUUAGUUUUGUCUCAUUUUAGCUGAACUACAAUAUUUAACCAGAUAAAAAUCCUGGUAAGAUUUUAUGUUUUUACAGUGUAAGGAGCUGAUUGGGUUUGUUCAACAACAGCAGCAAAUAAUUAGCAAACAACCAGCUGCUUCCCUGUCUGACCCAGAGUCCAGCGAGUUUUUGAUAUUGGGAACACUGGAACCAGGUGAUCCCAAUGUGUUGACGAUCCAGCCACGCCCACUGGGAACCAGCAGCCCAAACCACCGGCACCCAGAACCAGAAGGCAGCAGGAGUCUGUGUGAGCUGGGAUCAGUUGUGGAACCGCCAUGACUGAAGUUCUGGACCCGCUGCCGCUGAGGAGGCCGCCGCCCAGCAUGACCUUCAUCGUCCUCUGCCUCAUUCUGCUGCUCCUCGUCUUCAGGUCAGACAGGAUGUUGCCGCUCCAGGUUCUGAAGUACACCUUGCAGCCGUCGGUCGGGUCGGCCGCGGUCCAGAACCAAACCGCAGGAACUACAGUUCUCAAAGGACAGUCAGCCCAUCUGAUAGGAGUCGGUGGCUCCAAAGCGCUGCUGGUGUCUGCUUUUCUGGAGCAUCGAACCAAACCCAAGAAGGUUCUUGUUGUUGCCAUAAUGUUUCGUCAAGAGAAAGUGUCCCUUCAGUGCCGCCUGCUCUGCAGCGAGCGGCGCCACGUGUCCAGAGCCUCCGUCGACAUCCACUGGGAUCACUUCGGCUUUCCGUACGGGACGGCCGACGUUUCCUGCCCGCUGCCGCCGGCCUGCCAGGCGCCAAGCCAUGUAGCCGUCACUUCGGCAGCCGCCAGGAACCGAGAUAAAGCUGACCUUGAGUUUUUGGAGGUUCAGAAUCAAAAAGAGCUGAACGUCUUUCCGUACAACUUCACCAGCUGUUUCUCCACCAUGUACAACUACACCAACAUCCUGCAGCUGGUGCAGACGGUGGAGAUGCUGCAGUUACUGGGCGUGAACAGAAUCGUCAUCUACAAGACGAACUGCAGCGUCGAGACGCAGCGCGUUCUGGACUACUACACCGACAAAGGUUUAGUGGAGGUGGUUCCUUGGUCUCUGUCGGAGUAUCUGAAGGUUUCUCGUCGCGCUAAACCCGAUCAGGAUCCUGGUGACAUCCACUACUACGGUCAGAUCCCGGCGCUCAACGACUGCCUGUACAGAUCCAUGUACCGGUCCAAAUACGUGGCCCUGCACGACCCGGACGAGCUCAUCCUGCCGCAGACGGUCGACAGCUGGUCGGAGCUGCUGCCGCUUCUGGAGAAAAGACACGGCGCUGACCGGUGCUUUUACUUCGAGAACAACUGGUUCCCCACCGAAUUCACGCUGCCUCCUCCGCCGCCGAACGUCCUGCCUGCGCGGGGCCUCUGGCGUAACGUAUCCGGGGCGAACGUCCUGACUCACCUGUACAGCGAACCUGUCAAACCCAAACCUGCCUUCAACAACUUCAAGACCAUCACCAACCCUCGGUCCGUGUUCGUCGUCACCGUCCACGGAGUGCUGCGCUCGCAGAAGAGCUGCGCCUGGGUGGACAGGACGGUGGCCCGGAUGUACCACACCAAAGUCCGAGGACAAACUGGACGGAAGGCCCAGCAGCUGAUUUAUGACGGCAGGCUGCUGAGCUACAGCGGCCGCCUGACGUCGGCCGUCAGCGCCGUCCUCAGGGAGACGCGGCUCCUGCCUGACGGAGCCAGACGCUGAGCAGGAAGGACUUUUAAUCAAUUCAUAUGGACCAUAUGGUUAUGACUCUACAUGUUACUGUAAAUUAAAACUAUUUCAGCAACACUUCUGCAUCUUUUAACUGAAGGUAAAGCUGAAAAAGGGCAUUUUUAUGAACAAACAGUGGGUUACAGUCUGUUCCUGUUCCUGUUGCAGGACGAUCUGAGUUAGAAAAACAUAAAGAUCACCAAGCUGAGACGGAGACGUCAGACGGAUGAAAUGACUUUAUGGCUUAGAAAUGAUUCAUGUUUGGCCGCCAGCGCAGAUCAGGACAUUUUAACUUUAAUUAGGGUAAAAUUAUCCAACAAAUUAAAAUCUUGGAGAGGAAAAUGUUAGAAGCAUCCAACUGUCCUGCUGCAGGUUGAUGAUAAAGUAGAAACACAAGACAGAAGAUGCACAACAAUAAAACAGAAUGAAAAAAUGAAUGGAAUUGAUAUAAUUAAUUCAGCAAGGAAUCAAAUGUGAAUCUUUUCUUUAAUUCAACUCUGACUGCAAAGUUUUUUUAAUUUUGCUCUAAAAUUCUCCUUUAGUAAAUUUGCUGGAACCUUGAAUCAGAUUUUUGUUUUUACCUGUUUCUACUCUUUGGUAAUUAUCUGGUUCAGUAAUAUUUACAGUAAUAACUCCGCCCCUGAAAAAUGUUUAAAUAUAGGAGAUGUCGGAGCUUCGGGGAUGAGAGCUGAUCGUGGCUCUGAGUCUCCUGGACGUCCGGAGGAGCCGCCGUUGAUCCGUCCCUUUUCACUCCAUUUGGUAGAAGAACUUUAUUCCUUUUCCAACACCAACAGAAGAAAGCAGAAGAAUUUGUUGUAAGUGUUGUUUAAAAUUUACAGUAAAAUCCUUCUGCUUUUAUUUUGUGAUUUCUCUUUUUUAGCAACAUUUGUAUUUUAUUUUCUGACACUUUAUGGCAAAAGUUCAAUAGCAGGACAAGAAAUUAAUGUCACUUUCACACCUGGACUUUGUUUUGUACUGAAUCAGUUAAUGAUUUUAACAUUUAACUUUGUUUUGUUUUACCCAGAGAAACUUCCAGUCAACCAUAACCUGUCUGUUCCUGGUUCAGAGCAGAGAUCAAAACAAAUUCCUUUAACCUCAGUGUUUUCUCCCCUGCAGUGAUCUCAUAAUUAAAACAUCUAGAUAAACGGGUCUGUCCAGGGAUCCCGCUGGGAGAAAUGUUCUUAACUUUCCUAUUGUCUGUCUCCUUUUUUAAGUUAAUCCUCACAGAAAUGUGAAAAGUCGUUUUGACCAGAUUCAGUUUGUUAUAACAGUGAAACGUGAAUCAAUCUGUUUUGAUUUCCACAUUUUCUUAGUCCGUCAUAUCUCCAGCUGACAAAGAUAAAGGAAUAUAUAUAUAAAGACCUGAACUAAGGAGCAAAUCAAAACAUUGAGACUUAAAGCUGAUCUGGAUGCUGAUUGGUCCAAAAGAUGUUGUAUCCGAUCAGUUUUAGAUCAAUAUAUGAACCAAAGUGCUUAAGACUGAAAAAAAACAAGAAGUAACUCUCCCCUGAAUCAGUUCAUCUUUCUUCUCCACCAUCCCAUCAAAAUGGAGUCGAAACAACUGAAGUGUUUUUUACCUGAUUAGUGUCUCUGUGAGGCUCCGCCCCCUUUUCAUUCUCAGGAAUCCAGGACAGUAAGUAGCUCUACUGUCCAAAUAAAUCAUAGCACAACUUAGAAGCAUGUUGACUCCUUAGUGAUGAAGAUAAAGAACGAGGGCGCACAUUUUAGAAGAUGUAUAAUUUAUUUAGAGCAGAGUUGAUUCAUCAUUUUACUCAGUUUAUUUUUCAGCAACAUAAUCGUAGGUCAUUUUAUGGUUUUCGUAGCGAUUUCUCUGUUAUUGUGAAGAAAACAAAAGAUUUCACAGCACAUUUAAACAGCAGUGAUGCCAUAACAGCUUUUCUCUAAUUGCAACUCUGCUGAUGCGUUUCAUGGUGUCACACAAAAACUCAUUACAGUCACACGUAGUUCACAUUUUAAAAACUGUACAGGCUGAUUAACAGAACAAAAAAAUUACACUUGAUGAAUAUGAUCUCACACAUCUGAGAAAUAAAUAGAUAAAUAAUAAAAUCUGCUAAAAUAAUAACUGUAUUAGGUUUAAAUCUUUCUUUUGCUAAAUUUUCCAUGGAUGGGGGAAGGGCAGCGCAGUGGAAGUCACUUUUUAAUUGGUCAAUAAAUACUUUUUGGUAGCUAUUACUCAUAAAUAUAGUGUCAC